AUGAUUUAUAAAAAAUCUAUAUAUGGAAAUUAAUAACCCUAAAAUUAGGUUACUGAAGAAAAUGAAGAAUAUGAAGAAGAUAAUUAAAUAAAAGCUCCUCCCAUUGGAGAGAGAGGAGAAGACGAAAAAUAUGAAAAUGAAGAUGAAGAAGAUAGUGAAGCAGAAGGGGAAGGAGAAGAAGAAGAAGAAGAAGAAGAAGAGGAAGAAGAUGAAGAGGAGGAAGAAGAGGAAGAAGAGGAAGAAGAUGAAGAAGAGGAAGAAGAAGAGGAAAUGGAUGAAGAAGAAGAAGACGAAGAAGAAGAAUAGGUAGGAGAAAGUGAAGGAGCAAUAGAAGAAGAAAAUGGAGAUGGAGAAGAAGAAAAAGGAGAAAAUAAUAAUGAAGAGAAUUAAAAAAGAGAAAAUUUCGGGUAAAAAGAAAAAAAUGAGAUAAAUAAUAGGAAAAAUGUAUUAAAUUUAGAAAAGAAAUAUUAAUAAGAUUAUGAAGAUGAGAAAAAGUAAAAUUUAAAAAUAUAUGAAGUCUAGUAUA